AUGAAGAAAGGACGCAACGGGAAGAGCGGCAAGAAGGCUACUGACAUUGCUCCGGACAUGGAAGUACCUGAUAUGCCCGAGAAGGAGUCCGCCGACUCUGAGAAGCCGAUAUCAAGCCCUGUCCCCGCGACGGUGACCGGUCCCUUCGAAGCUCUUCCUGAGCUGCCGAUCGAUGGCGACCAGGAUGGUGCUUCGGUUAAGGAGACAUCCGACGAAGAAGAGAAGGUUGCUGACGGUGAAGCGCAAGUGGAGACCAAUGCGGUCGACAAUGAGGCUGAUGAUGCUGAUGUGCAACCGGCUGAUGACUUCGACGACGAGGACGAUGGUUACCUGAGCGACGCAUCUGAUGAACACCUGGAGCCGGACUCGCUUAACAGUAUUCUUGCUCUGAAGCGCUUUUCACUAACCUUGUUGGUGCCAUUCGCCAGGAAGGUGGAAGUUAAGCGUGCUGCUGUCACUAUUGCUGCCCUGCUGGACGAAUGGAAGGAGUUGUUAUCGUCUGAGGUGCUUCUAACCACCACUUACCAAGACCUCUCGCCAAUGUAUUUCUCCGGCGAACGCUUCGGUCGGCUGCAAGUCACUUUUAACCAAGUGCGGGAUGCAAAUUUCGUCUGGAGUUAG